AUGGGGAAAGAGAUGCGCGAACGCGUCGUGGCGCUGCGAAGCGAACACAAGUUUUACGCCUUGCAGAGCUUUUGUGAGACGUUCGAGGCGAUGUGGAUGCCGAGGAAGGAUGGGGAGGCGUGGGAACGCGCGCUGUGCGAACCGCGCGAGCACGCGUGGAUUUUAGAUUUUUUCUUGCGCGUGUGGGCGCCGGCGCCGAGCGCGUUGGGACACGGCGAGACGCUGCUCGUGCCGAGAAGUUGGGAAAUUAGAUCGCGAAGGAAAAUUCGUGAGAUAUUGGGCGACGGCGUGGACGAUGAGGCGGGAUUUUUCGACAUCGACGCGCUGGCGCGAUUAGAAGUGUUGUACCGGUUGUGCGAGGAUUUGGUCGAGUCUCGCUCGUUUUCUAACGUCGCGGAACAGUGCUCGGAUGAGUUUGACAAGGCGCGACGGCGAAAUAAAGUCGAACAGCUUCAGAUGUGUAAGCGCGGCGUGCACGGCGAGCCGAUCGGAUACGACGCUAAGGGUCGCGCGUACUACGUCUCGGCGUUGGACGCUCGGAUUUGCCGAGCUGAAAAGGUGGCGGCGGACGCAGGCCCGAGAGCGCGCGCGGAUCCACUUUGGUCGACGCCGUUCGUGACUCUGUUGGAAGUCAUCGCGUUGAAGAACACGUUGCAGAACACGACGAACAAGAAAGAGUUGGCACUGCUCGAGUAUUUGUCGAAGGAUCACGUCCCGUACCAUCAGGAGCGCAUGAAGCAGCAGCUGGCAGAGCUGGAGCGCGUCCAAGCCAGAAGCGAUGCCAGAGCGCGUGCGGAACAAGAACGGAUUGCGUGGGAAAGCACGGCGAGGAAGAAGUCGAGUCGUCUGGAGGUGAAAAAGGCGCUUGAGAAUUCGCGACGAGAGCGCAAAGUCGAAACCAUUUCGAGCGAUGAACUCGAAACGGUUCUCGACGACUUGCGACGUUGGGUACUGUUGCCUGAAUCCAUGCGUGCCACCGCGCACCCACCACACGGGGUGCGGGUUUCCACGCUGUACGGCGAACACGUCGGCGGGCUGAACACGAAACCCGUCGUCGUCAAGCCAAAAGGGCGUCGUUGGGUGGGGUACUUCGUCAGCGUACUUUGGGAAGACGACAACCCAUCGAGCGAAGCCAGCUGGUCGGAUGGUUACUGCGUUUCGUACGAUUCAGAUACGUCCAAGCACUUGGUGAUAUACCCAGCUACGGCGACGGUCGAGCGCGUCAACCUCGAAACCGUCUCGCUGCGCCUGGGUUCCCACGGCCGAAAGUACGAUGUCCGCGUCGAUAAGAAGGGCCGCGUGCUCGGCGAUCACGCCGCGCUCUACGCCGCGCUGAAGCCCGAGCUCGACGCCGCGCGCGCAUCUGAGACGUAUUUUAGCGGAUGCUGGCGCGACGACGUCGUCGGAAACGGCAUCCCCGUGGACCCCUCGCGCGUCGGCGAGUGCGGCGCCGUGCUCCUCGACGCCGCCGAAGCGCCGGCCGAAGAAGCGCGAGACGCCGUCGCCGACGACCCCCAGCGCGCCGAUUCCACCGACGACACCACCACCACGAUCGACGAUUACUCUCCUUAG